AUGUGGAAUUGUAUUGUGGGUUCAGUUAAUGGUCUAAUUUGUUUCGAAAAUAUUAAUCCUGAGGUUCAUACUAUAUAUUUGACUAAUCCAUCUAUAAACAAGUCCUUGAUCCUUCCCCCUUCAACUAUUCAUAGUGAUGAUUCUGAGCUUCAAUUUAGGAAAAUGUGUAUAGGUUUUGGUUAUCAUGAAAGGACCGAUGAUUUUAAGGUUGUUCGUAUUGGAUUUAUUGAUCAUGUUUGGUUAAAUGAAGAAUAUAAUUAUGAAGAGGUUGGUGGAUAUGAUUUUGAGUGUAGGGCUGAGAUAUUUUCACUAAAUACCAAGGUUUGGAAAGCACUUGAUUUGAGUCAUGAUUUUUGCUACAAUAGAGUUGAUUUAUUUUCAGGAGUUGUUGUUAAUGAAUAUAUGCAUUGGAAGGCUAUUAAGAGCAACACUUAUGAAAAUAAAAUGGUUAUUUUGACAUUUCAUAUGGGGGAUGAAACAUUUCAAGAUAUUGAAUGUCCAAUAUUUUAUGAUGGAGAGGAGAUUAAUCAAUCUAUAUAUCUUGGUGAAUUUAGAGGUAAACUUGGAUUUCUUAGAUCAUAUCCAGUAAAGUUGGGACAACCUUGUUACAUUUGGACAAUGGAGGAGUAUGGUGAAAUGAAUUCUUGGACUUGUCAAACUAUUAUUGUACCUAGCUUGCCAAUUCAAUAUCCAUUGGCUUUUACAAAAAAUGGACAAAUUAUAAUUAGAGAUAAAUAUGAGAACAUAUUUAGCUAUGAUUACAACACUAAUCAACUCCUUGAUUUACAUAUACAAGAUGAUGAACAUGCUAUGAAUUUUAUUGACUAUACUGAAAGCUUAGUUUUGGUUGAUCUUAAUGAUGAUCCAAUGGAGGAGAGUAUUGCUGAAUUUGAUGAGGACAUUAAUAUGGAACAUGUGAUCAGCAUGAUCGAUAAUGAUGAUCCUCAAGGUGAUACUUUUAUGGAUGAUGAAAAUUAG